AUGUCUGACCGGAUCUUCUACAUACACUCCAACUUAUCCUUUGUUCCUUGGGAGGGCAGUACAGCAGCAGCUGCUGCUCCCACUUCUCCCCCCACACCUGGUCACUACCAUGUCCUCUACCGAGGUUGUGGGGAGACUCAGGUGGGCUGGCAUGGGGAGACUUACUGCCUAGUUGGUGGUUACCGAGCAUAUGGGGAUGCUCCUAUGGUCUCCUUGGAAAAGGCAGAAGCAGAGAAACCAGGCCCCAGUCGAACACCCAAGAGGCACCAUGCCCUGGAAGAGCCUGACAAAGAGCUGGGAGGCACCAGUCCCAAAGUCCUGCGGCGGUGGCAACGUCGGGGGAGGAGACUUCCCAGCCAAAAGCACUCGAGCCAGGCAGCUUCCUAG